AUGUGGACGGCUUGGUGUGUGGCUGCUCUGUCUGUGACAGCUGUGUGUGGCAUCAGCCCAGAGACAAACACUGUCCUCAGGGUUACCAAGGAUGUGCUGAGCAAUGCCAUCUCCGGCACCCUGAAGCAGAGCGAUGCCCUCCACUCGGCUCUGAGAGAGGUGCCCAUGGGUGUUGGCGGUGUUCCUUACAACGAUUUCCAUGUCCGAGAUGCCCCCCCCAAAUAUACUAAUGGCAAACAGCUUGGCGGUAAUUACAAGUAUGGUCACAUCGAAACCAAUGACAACACUGCUCAGCUGGGGGGCAAAUACCGGUACGGUGAAAUCCUUGAGUCGGAUGGAAGCAUCAGGGAUCUCCGCCAUGGCGACUACCGCAGUGCUGCGAGUGCACCUGGUGGCCAAAGGGGCUUUCCGCAAUAUAAGUCAGCUAAAGGUGCAGCAACCGUGGGCAGGCUUCACCGGCGAGAGCUGCGGCCAGGAGAGAUCCCACCUGGUGUAGCCACUGGGGCCCUGGGCCCAGGUGGUUUGCUGGGCGCUGGUGGCAUGCUGGCAAGCGAUGGCAUCCUGGCAGGACAAGGUGGGCUGCUUGGCGGAGGUGGUCUCCUUGGUGAUGGAGGACUUCUCGGAGGAGGAGGCGUCUUGGGUGUGCUUGGCGAGGGCGGCAUCCUGAGCACAGUGCAAGGCAUCACAGGGCUGCGGAUUGUGGAGCUGACCCUCCCUCGGGUGUCUGUCCGGCUCCUGCCCGGCGUGGGUGUCUACCUGAGCCUGUACACUCGCGUGGCCAUCAACGGGAAGAGCCUCAUUGGCUUCCUGGACAUCGCCGUGGAGGUGAACAUUACGGCCAAGGUCCGGCUGACCAUGGACCGCACAGGCUACCCCAGGCUGGUCAUCGAGCGAUGUGACACCCUCCUGGGGGGCAUCAAAGUCAGGCUGCUGCGAGGGCUUCUCCCCAACCUCGUGGACAACUUAGUGAACCGAGUCCUGGCCAACGUCCUCCCUGACUUGCUCUGCCCCAUCGUGGACGUGGUGCUGGGCCUUGUCAACGACCAGCUGGGUCUUGUGGACUCUCUGAUUCCCCUGGGGAUACUGGGAAGUGUCCAGUAUACCUUCUCCAGCCUCCCGCUUGUGACCGGGGAAUUCCUGGAACUGGACCUCAACACUCUGGUUGGGGAGGCUGGAGGAAAUCUCAUAGACUAUCCACUGGGGCGUCCAGCCAUGGCUCCCCGGAAGAUGCCAGAACUACCCCCCAUGGGCGACAACACCAACUCCCAGCUGGCCAUUUCUGCCAACUUCCUGGGCUCGGUGCUGGCUCUCCUGCAGAAGCAAGGGGCGCUGGACAUAGACAUCACUGAUGGCAUGUUUGAAGAGCUUCCUCCACUCACCACGUCCACGCUGGGGGCCUUGAUUCCCAAGGUGUUCCAGCAGUACCCUGAGUCCCGCCCACUCACCAUCAAGAUCCAGGUGCCAAACCCACCUUCAGUGACACUGCAGAAGGACAAAGCGCUGGUGAAGGUGCUUGCCACUGCAGAGGUCAUGGUGUCCCAGCCCAAUGACGUCGAGACCACAAUCUGCCUCAUUGAUGUGGACACAGAACUGCUGGCCAUGUUUUCCGUGGAGAACGAUAAGCUCAUGAUUGACGCCAAGCUGGACAAGACCAGCCUCCACCUCAAAACCUCAAAUGUGGGCAAUUUUGAUGUGGGCCUCAUGGAGGUGCUGGUGGGGAAGAUCUUCGACCUGGCGUUCAUGCCCGCAAUGAACGCUGUGCUGGGCUCCGGUGUCCCUCUCCCGAAAAUCCUUAACAUCGACUUCAGCAAUGCAGACAUCGAUGUCCUGGAGGACAUUCUGGUGCUGAGUACCUGA